AUGGCCACGCGCACAGCCAUUAUGUAUACUGGCAGUCUUUUAUCCAGCGCAUUUGGUGGUCUUGUCGGUGCUGGUAUUGAGUACGGCCUGGACGGCGCUCGAGGCCUCCAUUCUUGGCAGUGGCUAUUCCUUAUCGAAGGUACUGUCACUGUCGUCGUCAGCUUAGGCUCUAUCUUUGUCCUGCCCGAUUUCCCGUCAAACACGGCCUGGUUGACGGCUGAAGAGCGUGCGCUGGCGAUACAUCGCCUCCAUGCGCACAGCGGCAGCGUUGAUGAGGAGCGGGGUCCCCUCUUGGAGGGCCUGAAGAUGGCAGCGCUCGAUUACAAAGUUUGGCUUCUCACUCUCAUAGUCAUUCUCAAAACUUCCGCUGGAGCAGUGACUCAGUUUAUUCCCACUUUCGUGAACACUUUUCACUUCAGCAGAGUCCAAACAUUGCUGAUGACAGCGCCUCCUUUCAUCUUCGCCGCAAUUGUUGCUCUUGUCGUCUCCGUCUCGAGUGACAAACUCGGCGAAAGAUGUUUGCAUCUCAUUGUCCCGCUUGCAUUUGCUUUGAUCGGCUUUAUCAUUGCCGCGAUAACUGAGAGUUUAGCGCCUCGCUAUUUCUCGCUGUUUUUGGCGCUGGGUGGUGUAUAUGGCUGCUAUGAUAUUACGUAUGCGUGGAUGAGCUCUACGAUACCUCGCCCGAUUGAAAAGCGCUCUUCUGCAUUUGCGAUUGCCAACAUGGUGGGCAAUAUUGCGCAGGUGUAUUCUCCAUAUAUGUACCCAAAGUCAUCCGGCCCGCGGUACCUGCCGGCUAUGAUAGCAAAUAGCGGCUUUGUUAUGGUCUCUAUUGUCUGCUGCGCCAUUUUGUAUUUGUGCUUGCGACGAGAGAACGAGAUACUCGAGGCGGCGCAGAUGCACGGCCAAGACGAGGAAGACGCCCGCAGCGAUGUGAGCAAAAGCCGAUUGCAGGAGAGAGUGGUCUCCGUCGAGGCCAUGGAUUCCGGCUUUCGAUACAUGCUCUGA